AUGUGGACCGCCCCUGGCCGGAAGGGCGUGGCCGUGCGGGGCCGUACGCGGCCGGGGCGGCGCCGCGGGGAGCCCGGGCGUGGUGGUGUGGCCGUGCACGGCUCUUGGCCUCUGUGGGUCGCCCGCGCGCCCCGGCCUUUGUCGCGGGGCCACUCCCUGUCCUCUGCGGCCCGGAGCGAGCCGGUGGAGCAGGCCGCGGGGCACCCGCUGCGGGGCCGCCUGGAGCCCCAGCUGUGGCUCUCCCGGCGCCCGCCCAGCUCGCCGUCCAGGUGCUCACGGGCCUUCAGGUCGUUCCAGGUCUCGGCCCUGGGGCGAGGAGAGCUUUCCGGGUUGACGUUUCCGUUACCUUUGACCCUAGAACAGCCCAGGUUGGCGUCGCGGAGCCUCUCAGAGGCGGAUGUCUGCUUCGGUGCUUGUCACAGCCAAAAGUCGUCAGGAAGACCAUGUCAGGGAGUUUUAUUCCUGUUUUCUGCUAGUGAUGGAGUCGGUCUUCACUGUCUUUUGAUCUGUACCUGCUGCGCCGCCGUACCUCUUUGGUCAACAUGGGCCAUUCCAGUUACUCACGGAAGGGGCGUCACUGCCCCUGAGCAGUACGUAUGCACUGAGGCUAAAAAACGCAGGCAGUUCUCAGACAACCUUCAGCGAGUUGUCGCACAGUCUAUCUGCAACCCCGUCUUCCAUCCACACAGUGCAAUUGACUAUGGAGGAAAGGGCUUCCUGUGUCCCAGCAGGAAUGGUUGGCGACCACUCACUGACUUAUCAACAGUCAGAAGAAAUAGAGUUCCUUUGGUCUUAGUGGCGUAAAUAUAUAACAGAUGCGGAUCUGUUAGAGAUCAACUGAAACAAUGGAGCCCUGCAGACAUGGAAGACCUUUUUGGGGGUUGGGAGGUCCCAGUGUCUUCACAACCUAAGACAUUUUCACUGAUAGUGCAAGAGCACUGGUGUGUGUGGUAGGCAGAAUUCUCAACUGGCGUGAGGCUUCUGCAUACCAUGUGACCCUCUAACUUUGAGCUGGGGGUGACACCUGUGAAAGGGAUGGGUGAUCACUCCCAUGCUGAAUUUACUACUCAGCUGACUUUGACUUAAUAAAGGAGGUUAUCCACUGGGUCUGGUCGAAUCAGGUGAACCCUGAGAGGGAAUAAGGCCUUUCCUGUUGUAAGAGGUUGGAGACACAAGGUCGAGCUGGUGUGUGGGCGCUGCAGAGAGAGGUGAGGAACGUGGGGGCCUUGACCUACUCACGGUCACUGCAGUUGACUGCCAGCAAAGAAACGGGGACUGCAGUCUUAUACCUGCAAGGAAUUUAAUUCUGCCUCCACGAUGGGAGCUGGGAAGAGGAGCCUAAGCUGACAAUGACAGCCUGGGCAGCACCUUGAUCUAAGUCCAUGAGACCCUCAGCAGACAACCAGGCAUGUGGUUUCCCAUGAUGGAUGGAGAGGGUGUCCAGCUGAUGGUUCCACGUUUGUAGCACUCUGUGAGGAACAAUAGCACAGAUCCAGGCCAGGACGCAACACUGUUCCAGUAGUCACCUGUUCUUCACCUCCAUGAGCCACAAGAGAGUGUCCUUCCGAAAGGAGUAGAGACUAUCGACUUUCCCAAUCCCAGAGCUGGAGAGCAAGUCAUCGCACCGUUCUGAGAGAUGCAAUUCAAGGCACACAGGGCAUGUGGGCCGCAUGCAGAGGCACAGUGGCUGCCUUCUGGGAAAGACCUGCCACUGGAGUCGUGGUCUGCACCAGCAGCUUGUGUCGUGCAAGACCACGCUUACCCCAAGAGUGACAAAAACUACGAUUAUGCAGAUGGGAUAUGUGGCAGACGUUUUUCCCAGAAAUGAAUGAAAUAAGGCUAUCAUUUCGGGGAAAAGAACUGACACCAUUUGUUGCCAAUCUUGCAUGCAAGAAAUAGAAUUUUGGAAAUUUAGGUUCUCUGAUGUAAGCUUGACAAACUCUUCAGACAUAAAAAGUUAUAAGAUCAGUGGUAUACCGACGGAUGUGAUUUUUAAAAUAUUGCAUAAUGAAAUGUAUUCACAUUUGGAAGAUCCUCAUAGCUCAGUGAACCAGUAUUUUUCAAAGGACCAAUGCGUGAUGUUACAAAACUGCGUGGGUCAAAGAUCCAUUCAGCAUGCAUGAUAAUCAAUGGUUUUUAAUGUAGCUGAGUGUGAAAUGUUGAAUCACUGAUAUGGUUCCAGAUUUCCAAACCGCAACUAGCCUUUAAGAAACUACCACUUGUGGAAUGUUAGUAACAAUGAGCAACAUUCACAAUGAUCUGAAAAGGCUGUUAACGUUCUUUCCCAUUUUCGAACUACACGUCUAUGUGAGGCCAGGUGUCUCCAGGUACUUCACGGGUCAGCUUAUUGUAAGAGAUAGCAUGAAGAGGCGGAGAGCGGGUCUAGCUGUCUCCAACUAAGGCAUAAAGAGAUUAAAAAAAAAUGUUAAACAAUGUCAGUCUUUUGACCAAAUUCAUGUCUGUGUGGGGAAUUCUAUUUUUAAAAAUAUUUAGAGAGGGAAUGAAAGCAUAAGGUGGGGGAGGGGCGGAGGGGAAGGGAGAGGGACAAUAGGACUGUUUGCUGAGAUGGAACCAGACAUGGGGCUCGAUCUCAUGACCCCAAGGUCAAGACCUGAGCAGAAACCAAGAGUUGACACUUAACUGACUGAGCCACCCAGGAGCCUACGAAUAAUUAAUUAUCUUUAUAAAAGCAUGCCACUUAUGUUACUAAGUCAUGGACUUCUUAUUUUUAAAUAGAUGAAUAAAUAUGUUUAAGGAAGUCUCGGUUUUCAUGACUGUUACA